UAAGACACAAAAGCUCAACACAAAUUCAAACUGUUCCCCUGCACCCUUCCUAAUAAAUCUCUGGUCAGCUGUUAAUGAAUUUGUGGCUGGGUCCAUGUAGCUUUGGAGAGGAACCCCAAAAUAGUUUGAGAGGCCCAAGAUGGCCUUCGGUUUGGAACAAGACGUCCUUGGGAUGUCACCUACUUGUCUUUCAACUCAGGUGCUCCUUCCCUUUCCCUGCCCUUUUUGAGGUUUGUAUGUGUCUUCUCAAUUAUUUGGGGCAUGUUUUAAAAGUAUUGGAUUAUAAAUCAGAUACCAAACAGUUUUUCUUGUUAGGUUGGUUCCAAAUAUGUCCUAGAAGAGAAUAACCUUUUCUAAAUGAGUUGCUUUGUACAAAAUUACAUUCUAAAUAAAAAUGCUUAAUCAUAGAAUACAACAGCAAUUAUUCUUCUGUUCUUCUGCCAAUCUGUAUUGUAAAGGUUUUUGGUUCUUUUCUUCUAAGAUUUUGAAUUGGGUAAGUACAACUGUCCUGGUACUGUACAGUUAUGGCUUCUAAUAAAAUUUGGUUAAAGCUGCCAAUAGAUUCUGUAAUCAUCAGUCAGAACAGCAUGUUGUAAAAUGAGAUUUUUCUGCAAUGAAAGUGAAAGAAACCUAUGUGAUAUUCUCGUUUUGUGGAUGUCUGUUGUUUGUAGUUGAUAAUUAGCUUAAGAAACAGAUCAUAAUUUAAUUAUUGAUAGAACAUUUGUAACUCAGGUUUGAACUGCGGGGGUCCCUGGUGCUCUCUGAGCUUGGUGGAGACGUUUUGUGACCCAACUAGGUAACAUCAGUGCUAGAAGGGAGUGGGCUUCUAGCUUCUAGCAUUCAUGAUGUUGCUGAGUUGGAUCAUGAAAUGUCUACCAGAAAACUACCAAUCUCAAAAGAGCACCACAACGCCACAUAAUUAGUUUUAAUUACUUUUGUGAAGGCGUCAAAGUGGUUUCUCUGUCCAGAUCAAAGAAAAAGGCUUUUUGGUGUAGAGGAUUUUGUGUUUUCUGAUCAAAUCCAACUUUACUGCAUGCUGGUGAUUCUUAGCCUAUGGAUUCCUGGAGAAAAUGCUUUGGAAUUGUUCUAACCUUAUUGCCAGUUGAUUAACAUUAAGGAAGUAUCUACACUAUUGUUUCUCAACUUUGGCAAAGCUAAGAUAUGUGGGCUUCAGCUGCCAGAAUCCACCAUGGCUGACUGAAGAAUUCUGGGAUUUGAAGCCCACACAUCUUAAAAGAUGCCAGGAUUGAGAAACACUGAUCUACACAGUUGUUGUUUUUUUAAAAAAAAAACAACGCAGGGCAUAUUGUCUUUUCACAAAGGAAAUUUGAACUUCCUUAGUGCUUUUAUUUCAUGGAACGUUCACUGAGAUGCAAGUUCUCUCUUAACUUUGGCUAGUCAAUGGUUGUACCAAAGGAAUAUAUAGUACCAUAGUUCCGUGGAACUGCUUGUGAUCUGCUCAUUCUGCAACUAGAGGAAACGUGUUUCAAUAGCAGGGCUGAAGAAAUCUCUGCAAUGUUGAAGAACAGCCAGAGACCCCACAAAAGCGGUUGACGAAAUGGUAAAGUGGCUUGUAAUACCGAAACUUCCGAAUAUUCUCAAUUAAAGGCUGCUCAAUGAUUGCUUGCGUGCAAACCAUCUUUCUAAUGGCAUAGAUUGUUUUUGAGUUUUUACUGCAUAAUGGGAUAAUUCUUCAUGAUUGAUAUUUGGAAAGAGUCUAAAUGCCAGGGGGAGGCUGACUUGUCUCUGCUUUGUCUCCUCUUUCGACACAGAUGAAAACUUUAUUUUGAAACACGACCGAGCCUUUCUUUUGUCAAUGGCAAACAGAGGGAAACAUACGAAUGGUUCCCAGUUUUUCAUAAACAGUGUUACAUCGUGCGCUCCAAAGGUAAUGUCUCAUUCCUCUAAGGCUGUGUUCUUACUUUCUCGCUUUCCUUCUUCUUUCUCCCUCUCCUUUCCCCUCCUUUUUCAUUUUCUCCUUUCUGUCUUUCUUGUCUUUUUUCUGAUCAUAUGUGAAUUGAAUCUUGUGGUGUUCUCCCUGGGGUUGAGAAAGAGAGAGAGAGACUUCUUUAUAGCAAUGCUGUUCUUUUAAAGCCCUAUUUCAGGAUAAACCAUGCAAAAAUUCUUACUAAUUGUAGGAGUAAUUUUUUCUCAGUUUCAUCCCAAAUUUUUGAAAUACAAUUUUUUCAGUCAUUUUUCUCUAAGCGGGGAAAAAAUGGCUUUGAAAAACAAAGAAUGCCUAGAUCAGUAGUUGAUGUGUUCUUGCAAACUAUUAUUAAGGGAAGAAAUAGUCACUUAAAAUGAUCGUAGUUGGUUUAUAUCCGCCAGCUUAAAUAAUAUUCAUACUUUGAAAUCGGUAUUUCAGUAAUAUUAAAUGCAAAGGUUUGAGUAAGUUGUUUUAUAAUCACCAGUUUAAAUAACAUCCAUAUUUUGAAAUCAGUAUUUCAAUAAUGCUAAAAUGCUAAGUUUUUGAGCUUAUAACACACUUCCAUUUUGGAGGAAGACAAUAGGUAAGGCAUAGUUAAGAAUUCUUGCUAUUAAUGCUGUUCAAACAUUUUUUUUUCUCCCUCCCUGUUUUUCUGAAAACGCUUUGUGUGUUUGAAUAAAAGCAAUGAUCCAAAGUAUCUUUAUGAUGAAAACUAGUAAAAAUAUUUCAAAAUUGUUGAUGGGUACUUUCACUUAGAAUUGGGGGUGAUACACUGAUUCUCAAUCUAAUUAACCUCUUUGUAAUUUUUUCUAAUUCAGGAUUUCAGUUCAGUUGGUUGUAGUUUAAACUACACAAUUCUGUUUAUGUCCUCACUAGUUUCAGAUUGUUUUAUAGAAAGGAGAACUGAAUCUGAGUGAACCUACUGAGAUUGCCCCACUAUACUUGGGUCAGAACUAACAUUUCAACUUAUGGAGCUCAAUUACAAAUAUUUAAUAUGUAUCCAUAUAUUUAUUUCCCCUAUUUUGUUCAUACAUAUGAAAUUCACUGCACAUACAGUCUAUGCAAUUAGGUCCAGCCAUAGCAAUAACAUAUUUAACAGCCACUUGCCAGCAAGGUAAGGCUUAAUACUUCUGCUCCACAUUUUUUAAUAUUCUUUAGUAUUUGGAACACAUAAAUGUGUGCUAAUGAUCCCUCUUCUGUAUGCUCGUUUCUCUGCAAACAUAAGGCUAUUCCAACAGAAUAACGGUGCUUAAUAUUUUAGACCAGUUAAGGAAGAAAGAGGAGGCUUGCCUCCAAGGCUUCACUUCAUUCCCGACAGAUUUUGCUGUCCUCACUUUGCAAAAAGGAACGAUAGUAAUAAGAAUUCAUAUUUCUGCUUCCUGAAUCAAAUGCCCUAAUGGCCCCUCCCACUGUUCUUUAUUCAUUUUAGAGCUAAAGAGCCAGGCAGCUGCAUGCUGAUCCUUGCCCGUUUUUGUGACUCAAGGCUUGAGCGCAGAUGGUUUAAACCGAAUAACAGAGUUAGAAAAUGACCUUGGAGGUCUUCUAGUCCAACCCCCUGCUCAAGCAGGAAACCCUAUAGCACUUGAGACAAAUGGCUGUAGAGACUGCCCUGCCCGUGUUGACCUGAUCAGCAAAUAAUUCUGUUAAUUUUUCUAGCUUUGCAGAAAGGAAUAGUAGGUAAGUUGCCUUACUGACGGCAGGCCCUGAAAUAUCAUCCCCUGUGUGGGGGUGGUAGGCCUCCAAACCAGCCCUGCUUUUGAGAGCCCAAUUGAAAAAAUGAGAUCUGAGCAACAAUAUUUGUAAAAUUUUGAAACAACAAGGUCAGUGUUUGUGGCUGACGAGACUCACAUUGUAAAUGUAUUGUAUGGAGGGUAUCUGCUAGUAAGACACAUUCUGUGUGGCAUUUUCAGCAAGUGCAUAUCAAUGCAGCAACAGGUAGUCCUCGACUUACCACUGGUUGCUUAGCCACUCUUCAAAGUUACGACAGAUCUCAAAAAAACACUUACGGCCCAGACUGAAAAUUCUGACAGCUGCUCCUCCCUCCAAUUGCAUCAUAUUUUGGGUGCCUGGAAACCAGCUCCCAUUUAGCUUACUGAGUCCCACGCUCACAUGACCAUGAUUUAGGUUUUUUGGCAGAAACUGGUGUUUUCGUCCGGUUUCAGGCAAAAAUUGGCCAUUUCAGACAAUAGGAUCGCUAAACAAGUUUCUUUUUCUUGUGCCAUAUCCAUCAUUAGAUGUUGGCGAUUAUGUUGGCGAUCCUAUUUUUAUCAACAGCUGCACGAAAAAGUGCUGUUGAGUUUUGUCCAAACCAGUCAUUUAGAUUUUGAAGCCAUGAUGUUCUUCUGCUUGGCUCUUCUUUGCCUUCAAUCUUUUCCUGGAGGAUUAAGUGAAAUAUGCCAUAUUUUUCUGGGUGUCACAUGUCCAAAAUAUUCUAACUUGCAUUUUUAUGGUUUUGUUUAUGGUUUUUAAAUGCUAAACAAGCACUUUUUAAAAAAAGAGUAAAAUUGGGUCAGUUGUUGAUAACCUGAUUAAUGACUGUCACAAUUUAUGACCCUAAUUCCAGGUACAAUUGUGGUGUAACUCGAGGACUAUCUGUACAGAUAAUUCUCGCCUUACAACAGCUCAUUUAGUGACCAAUGUUGCAACGGUACUGAAAAAAGUGACUCGGGACCAUUUUUCACACUUAGGAAAAUAGCAUCCCCAUGGUCAUGUGAUCAAAAUUCAGACUCUUGGCAACUGACUCAUAUUUAUGAUGGUUGCAGUGGCCAUAAAAUGAGGCAAAACAACUGUCUCACUUAGCAACCGAAAUUUUGGGCUCAAUUGUGACUGUAAGUCAAGGACUACCUGUGCUUGGGAUAUAAUGUGCAGCCUCAUUUCCAUUAGAUUGCCCUUUACUUAAAAUGAUCCAGGGAAUAGCUGCUGAGUUCUUAGAGUUUAAAAAAAAAAGACUAUAAAAUGAUCGAUAACCUUGCUUGAAAAAUGGAAAAUUCAAUAAUGUGUAAUUUGGAUUGCUUCUUUAUCCAUUCCCUCUUCUCCAAAGAUUAAAAAAAAAAAGACUGUUUCAACAAACAUUUGCAAAAGUACACCAGGACAGUAUAUCGCUUUAUAGCUAAUUAAUAGAGAGGCUUUAUAGCUAAUUAAUAGGCAUUUUCUUUGGUAACUUCAACAGACACUUCCUGAUAGUUUAGUUGGUAGCCACAAUGUUGUCUUUGAAAAACAAUUCAUUCCUCUAAAAUAAAUUGGCAGAUUAGUUUCAAGGCCCACUAAUUCCUCUGCAGAUUGUCAAUAGAUAUUGGACUAUUGUCUUUUGUUUCAAAGGUUUCUUGUAUUUUAGCUCAGACGGUAAAAUCACAGAGAUGCAAGAUUCUUAAAGCCACAGCUACCAUGCAUGAUAUUUCAAAUAAAUCUUAAAUCAGUUAGAUGGAAUUUAUUUAUCAGCAGAUAAGUAUACGAUUGUGGGCUUUGCCACGCCAUAAGCUUAAUGUUUUGACCUUGUUUGGGAUUGCAAUUUAACAUUAUCAUCCCCCAGCCACCCACUCACUCAAAGGAUGAGCAGUGGCUUUAUAUUCUUGAAACACAGGCUGCAAAAAAGGCAUAAAAACCUCUUUACUCUAAAGUUUGACAGGUCAUCAGUUGUAACAAUAAUUUUCCAAAGCUAUGAAUGAUUUCUGUGUGGCUUUGCUGACUUAGAAAAACAAUUGGAGGACAAGUUGGUUUGAAAUUAUUGUGUAUUUGUGUGCCUAAUAUAUUUUUACUUUAAAGAAUGUGGUUUUGUACACAUUUUAUGCAUAUUAGCAGCCUCUAAUUUAUUCUGUACUGUUGCCAAGAUCCAGAUUGUAAUUGUGAGUAUUUCAAAUGUGAGUGAAUCCAUGGCGAUUUGUUCAGUUGGUAAAAUAGAGACACUACCUACACUAUAAGCAUUUAAUUUUAAUCAAAACUGAAAUUCAAGUGUAGUGUUAUAUUGUAGUGUAUGACAAAAAGUGAUACAUUUCCUGAAUUUAGUACCAAUAAGUUUUAUAUAUUAAAUUAACAGCUAUGUUUUUUUCUUCCUUUACUUUUUUUUUUAUUUUACCUGCCAUUCUACCUUUUUUACUUCUUCAACUGAAAAUCUGAUUUUCCCUCCAACAAUAAACGACUUGUUUAUGUUGAUGUUGAACAGAACUACGAAGCCUGCUCCUCAUCUUGAUAGCGUCCAUGUCGUCUUUGGACUUGUUAUUUCUGGUUUUGAAGUCAUAGAACAAAUCGAAAAUCUGAAAACUGAUUCUGCCAGUAGGCCAUAUGCCGAUGUGCGUGUCAUUGACUGUGGGGUGCUGGUUACCAAACCGGCAAAAGAUGUGUUGGAGAAGAAGCGGAAAGCAUGGAGUCCUUCAGAAGUUUCCGACAGCUCCUCUAGCAGUACAUCCACAUCUUCGGAGUCAACUUCCGACAGCGAAUAUGAAAACGAACGAAGCAGGAGAAGGAAGAGGAAGAGGCGGAACAAAGCUAAACAAUCUAGGAAACGAAGACGGGAAGAGAGGAAGAAAGAGGAAACAAAAAACAAACACAGGUACGAAGUAGCCUCAGUGGCCGUGAAUCGCUCUCUUUCCUCCAGCCACUCGGACCAAAGCGAAACAAACGAAAAAUCAGCAGACCUGAACGUGAAAAGGGGUAAACCUGUCGUCCGUCCAGAAGAAAUUCCUCCUGUGCCGGAAAACAGAUUUCUGCUUAGAAGAGAUGCGCCCAUUAUAAAUACAGAGCCAGAUUUGAAUAUUGACCCAGGACCCGUUUCGAGUGACCAGAAGCCUUCGGUGUCAAAAUCUGGAAGAAAAAUCAGAGGGAGAGGCACAAUAAGAUAUCAUACACCUCCUCACUCUCGCUCGUGCACAGAAUCGGAUAACAAUGGAAGUAGUGAAACACCGCCCCACUGGAAAGAGGAAAUGCAGAGAUUGAGAGCUUAUAGGGCCCCCAGUGGAGAAAAGUGGAGUAAAGGAGAUAAGCUGAGCGAUCCAGGACGGUGGGAUGAAAGAAGUCUGUCCCCUCGGUCUCGUUCUUGGUCCCACAAUGGCUUUUCAGACCUCAGUACUGCUCAACAUGUCAGCCACCGUAAAAAACACCGGAAAGAGAAAAAAGCAAAGCACAAAAAGAAGGCCAAGAAGCAGAAACACUUAAAGAAGCACAAGCAGACGAAAAAGAAACGGUCUCCUUCCACCGAGGUCGAAUCCUCCCCUUCUUCUGCCAGAAGGACAAAAUCGUUGUGUGACCGGGAAAGAGCGUCGCGUUCUUCCUCCCUGACAUCUAAAGACGAUUCUUCUAGAAGAGGCUGGUCCAAAUCCGAGCGAGACAAGCAGAACUCGACCUCUUUCUCCAGCAGAGAUUCUCGCUCAUACUAUAAGUCUCGAUCCCGAUCUCGGUCCAGGUCGAGGUCUUAUUCCAGAAGUUCUCGAUCGAGAAACACUCGCAUGUCUUCGCGUUCAAGGAGCAGGUCAAGAUCCAGUUCCGCAUCGAAGCUGGUAAAAACGGUCCCCAACUCGCCCAAAAAUGCAGUGGCUCGUUUAAAGGAGUGUAAACUGGUCUCCAUUGAACCGGCACAAACCGCGUUACCCCAAAAUGAUAAACUCGCUAUUCAGCCUGUGGUUGCCGAAAGCCUCCCAGUUAUCCCGCUGAGUGAUAGUCCUCCACCUUCCAGAUGGAAACCAGGGCAAAAACCAUGGAAACCAUCUUACGAGCGUCUUCAGGAAAUGAAAGCCAAGACCACUCACCUACCACCUGCUCAGGCGAAUUACAGCUUAAUCGGCAUCCAAGACCCCGGAUCCUCCUCUUCCUAUCCUAAGCAGCAAAAGAGCUCAGAGAGCGAUCGGAGCCGUUACUCCAGAAUCCAGAGCAACAGAAGCUCAGGCAGCUGGUGGAAAUCUAGAAGCAGGACUUCACGAAGUCGGUCCUCCUCCAAGUCCUCCUCCAGAUCAAGAAGCCCAUCCACUUUGAGAUCCCGAUAUACUGUGAGAUCCCGUUCGGGGAAUCCGUUCCCCAGCGACCAGUCAUGCUACAGUGGAUCCUCCUCUUACUUUUCCCUCAGUGAGGAUGACCGACAAAAAAGCCGGACGAAGUUGGGAUCCCGCGAGAGAAAUUCUGAGCUGUCCAAGAAAAGGCAGAGCAGUUCGGAAAGCACACUGCCCUACGUGAAAGGUGUGAGCUCAAAGCCUAGAAAUGCAAGCAGAUCCUCCAUCGAUUCCUCGAGCGAUAGUGAAAAAUUGACUCAGUCCCAGGCCAUUGAAGAAAAAGGACAAUUAAGAUCUGAAAAAGUGAAGCAAAAUAAAAGAAAUUCGGGUUGCAAUCAGCGUGAAGAGAAAUCUCGGUCUGGGCAGGACAGCAACCGUUCCAAACAAAAAGUUUUGAAAGACAAAUCUGAGACUAGAAGUGGCCAGAAAGCCAAAAUGAAAAACUAUGCGAGCGAUGAGUGGUUUUCCGAAGUAAAUUCUGAAAUAGAAGUAACUCAAAACGACAAAGAAAACUCGAGACUCUUGUCUGCAAAAGAGGAAGGUGAGGCCUCAUCGGACUCCGAUACGGAUCCCUGCCCACCCGCCAAACGCAAGUGCAAAUCUGACCCUGCCCCAGGUACAUCAAAAGGGAACAAACAUCCUUCCUCUUCAGAAACCGAGACCUCCGAUUCCGAUACAGACUCCAGGGACAAAUCCUGGACGCCGAAGCGAACUUCCAAAAAAUCCUUCCGAAAAGUCCAUGUCAAAAAGGCGAAAGAAAAAUCCAAAAGUAAAAAGGAGAAGAAACACAAGGCUGAAAAACGAAAAGAGACAUUCCACUGGCAGCCUCCCUUAGAAUUUGGAGAAGAGGAGGAGGAGGAGGAGGAAGUCAGAAAAUCUGGAAUAAAAGAAGUGCAAGAGAAACAUGCCAAAAAGGAAGCCAAAGACAAAAAUAAAGAGCCGGAUUCGAAAAGUGAUAAAACGAUCAAAGAACAUGCGAAGGAUGAUCGGAUGUCCCACAAAGAGCCCAUCGUCUCAAAGAGAGGAACAGAUCAGGCUGCGUCCACUAGCCAACUGAAUAAACGCAGUGAGGAAAAAGCUGUUUCUUCAACUCAUGUACCCUAUCCAACUAAAAAUAUAUUUGUUUCCAAAAGUCCUACUGUAGCUCAGGAGAUUAAUAAAAACAAGCAGGUUGCCAUACUGAUAGACGAUAUGGAGAUUUGUACCCCGGACCAUGAUUCGCCUCUAAAACUGGAUCUGCAACUUUCUCCAGUAAGCCUAAAAUUAAAUUUCCAAGACAUUAAAGCCAGCACAAGUUCCCAGGCGUCAAUUAGCACUGUAACCCAGAAUGUAAGACAAGCCGCUGAUGUUAAAGGACUGACUAGCCUCCAAGAAAGCAGACAGGAACGAGACAGGGAAAAACCGAAAGCUGCCACCAGCGUUGAAACUGUGCCGAAAGUGGACGUUUCUGAAAAUGCAUCGAACAGUCUUGGGGACAACAAGUGGAAACCAUUACAGGGCGCUGGGAACCUGCAGCUCGCAGGGCCCGCCAGCAAUCCCUUUGAAAUGAAAAACAUGGCUUCCGGCUCUUCCGAUCCCAAACCGCCAGGUUUAAGGAUCGAGAUUAAAAGUAAAAACAAGAUUAGGCCAGGCUCCCUGUUUGAUGAAGUCAGAAAGACAGCGCGCCUGAAUCGGAGACCCCGGAACCACGAGAGCUCGAGUGAAGAAGAUUCUCCGACACGAGAGGACAGUGAGUCCAGAAGUCGGAGUCGCUCGUGCAGCAAGUCGGAUAUUAAAUCCAGGCAUCGGACAAGAUCGCUGUCUUACAGUCACUCGCGAAGUCAGUCGAGAAGCUCCAAGUACUCAUAUAGAUCCCGCACUUACUCGAGAAGCCCAAGCAGAGGGUGGCACAGUGGUUGCUGCUCAAGAAGUCGAAGCAGAUCUUACAACAGUUGCAGAAGUUAUAGUAGACGCACUUAUAGUCGAAGCCUAUCCAGAAGCAACUCUUACACUCACCGGAGUCGGUCAAGCAGAUCCUAUACCUACGACAGUUACUAUAGCCGGAGUCGCAGCCGUAGCAGAAGUAAAAGAAGUGACAGUUACCACCGGUCUCGUAGCUACGACCGACGUUCCAGAUCUUACGGGUCCGACAGUGAAAGUGACCGCAGCUAUUCCAAUUGCCGAAGUCCCAGUGAAAGCAGCAGAUACAGCUGAGAUCCUACGGUUGACCAUAGCAAUUAUGCAUAACAGAAAGUUUUUAUGUCUGUAGCUUGGAUCAACGUUUUGUUUCGUUUUUCUUUUUCUUCUCAGUGUCUAGGUGAAAGUAACUGCUGCCAACAGAAGUGGAGCCUUAUUUAAACUCAGCACAACCUUAUUUUUUGUACACUCUGCUAUGGCAAUCAUUUUGUGUUGCCCAGAGUUUCGUUUCAAACUAGAUGAUACAGUUGACGUGCAAUCGAAUUUUCAAUUAAGCCUCUUAAGUUGUUUCUCCGAAGGAAAUUCGCUUGAUAACCAUGAAACUGUGAAGAAUCUUAUUAUAGGAAUCUCACCUGCGGUCUACCUGCUUCACACAUUGCCUUUAAGUGCUGAACUAAUGGUUCACUGAUACCUUGACACACCAAUAACGUUGACACUACAGAUCCAGGUAGAUCUUAGAUCUGUAGUGUUCAGGAAGAAUCCCAGAAGAUCCUGGCUAAACAGUCAUUCACCACCAGAGUUAUGAAUUCUGGGAGUUAGAUUCAUCACUUGCCUGGAAAAUGUCGCAUAUAUUUGGAUCCCAUGAGUUAAAAGCUAGUUACUAUCCUGUUUCUUGAUCAGUUUUGCCUAAUGCUCCCUUGCAGAAGUUAUCCAGCUAACUUCAAAGCUAACUUUGAAGUUUGAACUCCAAAUGAUGCUUAGACCACACUUGAGUCUCCGUUCUCUUUCGAGUGAAGAAGCAAGAACCAUGUUCUCCUUGCCUCUGUUGCGUCCUCCCAUGGUCUUCUGAUUUUCAUCAUGUCUGAAUGUGCUAGCAUUCUAAUUUUUUACUAUCUCUUGUCAGAUUUGCAAGUCUGUGGAUGAGCAUCAGCAAAGAUAGCAAGCUGUAAAUUUAUUUCAGAAAACUAACUUUCUGGAGCAAUGGAAUUCUGUUCUUCGGUUUGAAUUCAGCAGACAAAAAUCCAUUUUGAAAUUGAAAUGUCGGGAUAUACACAAGUUUUUGUAUCGGAUAGUUAACUUUUCUUUUUUAAAAAACGGCCGAAAUAACACUCUUUAUUAUUUAGUGGUCCAGGCAAACGUCGACGCUUUAUCUGUUAAUGCCGGUCCUGAAUUUGUUAAAAUUUCUACGACGCCGAUAUGCUGCAUAUUUCAUAACGGGGUGCUGCAGAGCAUUUUCUUUGGGAACUGCUUCAGCCCCCAAAUUUGUGACUCGAAUAUGAGGUUGCCAUUUUGAAUUCAAGACUUUCCCCUCGCAGAUUUUCAAAGCAGCCCAUUUUAUUGUCAAAAGAGUUUGAAGGAUUUCCUACACUCCUCGUUUUAUCAGUUUAAAUAAUUUUUUUGUUAGGAAACAAAAUAUGUUGAAAUGAUUUUUCCUCCCUCCUUAAAUGCAAUUAAAAAUAGGAAUAUUUAA